AUGAAACCGACCUGUCCGCUUAAAAGUGGCACCACUUAUGUCGUCAAAAUGGAUGUACCAGCGCUUCUUCAACCGCAUCGAGUGACUCCCGGAACUGUGGAGAGUUCUAAACUCGCGGGAUCCAUAAGUCCGAGGUCUAGUCCACACCGGAUCACCUCAGGUGACGCGUGGCGGGUUUAG